AUGAUUCAGCCCCUGUUCGCUGCAUCAUCAAAGUUUACUGGCCGACAGUUCAAGACAUCAAAGGCUCAAAAGCCGUGUCGAGAUCAGUUCUAUGUAUUUGUGAUCCUUGGCCGGCGGUUCCGCGUGAUUCGCCUCGAAUUGCCUCAUUUGCCUCAUUUGCCUCGGCUUCGUGUAUCUGGUUACUGGGCCUGCACUCUUCGGGACGGUGAGCAUCAUUUUCUACUCAAAAUGAGCCAAAUUAAGGCCUUCCUCGCUUUUUUCGGAUCAUUUAUGCAACUCGUCAAUCCCGAAUAA